AUGUCUACAUCAACUGCUGCUAUAUCCAACCCAUUUGCUAAUUCUUUUCAAAGAAGACCUAGGAAGGGACCAAAUUUGAAUGUUGUUUUGACAUGUCCUGAAUGUAAAGUGUAUCCACCCAAAAUUGUGGAAAGAUUUAGCGAGGGUGAUGUUGUUUGUGCUCUUUGUGGGUUAGUGCUAUCUGAUAAAUUAGUCGAUACAAGAUCUGAAUGGCGUACAUUUUCCAAUGACGACCAAAAUGGUGAUGACCCAUCGCGUGUUGGUGAAGCUUCGAAUCCUUUGUUGGAUGGUAACAAUUUAUCCACUAGAAUUGGUCAAGGUGAGAGUACAGACAUGAGAUUUACUAAAGAAUUAAAUAGAGCUCAGGGGAAAAACGUUUUGGAUAAAAAGGAUAGUGAAGUUCAGGCAGCUUUUGCUAAGAUUACCAUGCUUUGUGAUGCUGCAGAAUUACCUAAAAUUGUUAAAGAUUGUGCAAAAGAAGCUUAUAAACUAUGCCAUGAUGAAAAAUCUUUGAAGGGGAAAUCUUCAGAAAGUAUUAUGGCUGCAUCCAUUUUAAUUGGUUGUAGACGUGCAGAGGUGGCUAGAACUUUUAAGGAAAUUCAAUCUAUUAUUCAUGUCAAGACAAAGGAAUUCUCAAAGACUCUUAGUAUUAUGAAAGGUAUAUUGAGAGAAAAAUCUUCUGAUGGGUUUAUUAAAAUUAAUACUGACAACAUGAGUGGUGCACAAAAUUUAACUUAUAUACCAAGGUUUUGUUCUCAUUUGGGUUUGCCUAUGCAAGUUACCACCGCUGCAGAAUAUACAGCUAAAAAAUGUAAAGAGAUCAAGGAAAUUGCAGGUAAAUCACCAAUCACUAUUGCUGUUGUGUCUAUUUAUUUAAAUAUUUUACUUUUUAAGAUACCUGUUAGUGCAGCCAAAGUGGCACAAAUACUUCAAGUCACCGAAGGGACAAUAAAAUCUGGUUAUAAAUUGCUUUAUGAACAUAGGAAUCUUUGUGUUGAUCCACAAUUAAUUGCAAACGGUGUAGUAAGUAUGGAUAAUUUGCCUAAAUUUGAAAAGGACAGGGGUAAAAAAAAAGGAAUAAGACAAAUCAUAAUAAAAAUUAUUAUUAAUUGUGUUGUUAUAGAUGUACAUUUCUUAAUGAAUAUCUUUGUUUAUUUCUUUCUGCUUUAUGGAUAUAGACUAUGCUUCAGAACAAAUCUUUUAAUGAUAUGA